CACUUGCUCAAAGGCAAAUCCAUCUAUCAUUUCAACUUAUUUUAUUAUUCAAUUCUGGUGAGGUUGCACAUGGACCAGUAUGCGAAAGUAGAGAAGAUUGGCGAAGGAACCUAUGGCGUUGUCUAUAAGGCUCCUGACCGUGUUACCAAUAAAACAAUUGCUUUGAAGAAGAUUCGCUUAGAGCAGGAAGACGAAGGUGUACCUAGCAUUGCAAGUAGAGAAAUCUCUCUCUUGAAGGAAAUGCAACAUGGAAAUAUCGUUAGGCUGCAGGUGCAGGAUGUAGUGCACAGUGAGAAGCGGUUAUAUUUGGUCUUUGAAUAUCUAGACUUGGAUUUAAAGAAGCACAUGGAUUCAUGUCUAGAAUUUGGGGAAGAUCCACGCAUGAUUAAAUCCUUCCUUUAUCAAAUUCUUCGUGGAAUUUCUUAUUGUCAUUUUUAUAGGGUUCUUCACCGAGAUCUAAAACCACAAGAUUGUUGA